UUGUUUGUGUUGUUUUUGUUUGCUUUUAUCUUGUCUUUUCUCUAUCUUCCUCUUUUUCUCUUUUCAUAGGAGAAUGUUUCCUCCAUUUAAAGUGAGAUGCACUGGGCUGGAUAAAAAGGCCAAGUACAUUUUAUUGAUGGAUAUUGUGGCGGCUGAUGACUGCAGAUAUAAAUUCCAUAAUUCCCGGUGGAUGGUAGCUGGCAAAGCUGACCCUGAAAUGCCAAAGAGAAUGUGCAUCCACCCGGAUAGUCCGGCUACAGGAGAACAAUGGAUGUCCAAAGUCGUCACUUUCCACAAACUUAAACUGACUAACAAUAUUUCUGACAAACAUGGAUUUACCAUUCUGAACUCCAUGCACAAAUACCAACCGAGGUUCCAUAUUGUCAGAGCCAACGACAUACUCAAGCUGCCCUACAGUACGUUCAGAACCUAUGUGUUCCCUGAGACUGAAUUCAUCGCUGUGACCGCAUACCAGAAUGAUAAGAUAACUCAGUUAAAAAUUGACAAUAAUCCAUUUGCCAAAGGUUUUCGGGACACCGGGAAUGGAAGGAGGGAGAAAAGAAAGCAGCUGACCUUGCAGUCCAUGAGAGCUUACGACGAGAGGCAGAAAAAGGAGACCGGCACCUCCGAUGAAUCCUCUAGCGAGCAGACCUCCUUUAAGUGUUUCGCUCAGUCCACAUCCCCCGCUGUGUCUGCGGUGGGCACAUCCAAUCUCAAAGACUUGUGCCCCAGCGAGGGGGAGAGCGAUGCCGAGAGCAAAGAUGAGCCGCUGCUGGAGGCCGGUGACUCCGGCAAGAUCAGCACCACCACCGCGGCUGCGGAAGAUCCCCGGGAGAAGGGCGGCAGCCCAGCCAAAGCGCCCUUCUUUGCCCCGGAACGGCGGCCAGCAAGAGCAGGGACGGCCCCGGCCGGAAGGCACAGCCCAGCUGCCAUUUCCUCUAGCACCCGGGGCGUCGGCCGCGAGGAGCUCAAAAGCCCCCUCCGGGACGCCCCGAAGGUGGAGGAGGCUAGGCUGCUGAGCUCCUUUGCUCCGCUCACUGUGCAGACAGACAGCCCGGCGCAUCUGAGCCAGGGGCCCUUGCAGAACCUCGGCUUCCCCCCUGGCUUGGCCAGCCAGCAGUUCUUCAGUCCCUUGGGCAACGGGCACCCGCUCCUCCUGCACCCCAGCCAGUUCGCCAUGGGGGGAGCCUUCUCCGGCAUGGCUGCUGGCAUGGGGCCCUUGCUGGCCACCGUUUCCGGGGCCUCAGCCGGAGUUAGCGGACUGGACAGCACGGUCAUGGCCACAGCAGCGGCUCCGGGGGCAGCUGCGCUACCGUUUCAUCUUCAGCAGCACGUCCUGGCCUCUCAGGACCUGGCCAUGUCUCCCUUCGGAAGCUUCUUCCCCUAUCCCUAUACCUACCUCGCAGCCACCAGCUCGGUGCACCGGCAUCCUUUCCUCAGCGCAGUGCGCCCCCGACUGAGGUACAGCCCCUACUCCAUACCUGUGCCCCUGCCAGACAGCAGCAGCCUCCUGACCACUGCUCUCCCCAGCGUGGCCAGCAGCACAGGGGAAGGCAAAUCGAGCAACAUGGCAGAGUCCGUAGCUUUGGACUCUGGCUCAGAACUCAACAGCAGGUCCUCCACUCUCUCCUCGGGAUCCGUGUCCUUGUCCCCUAAACUCUGCUCUGAAAAGGAAGCGACCAGCGAACUGCAGAACAUCCAGCGUCUAGUGAGUGGACUUGAAUCCAAGCAAGACAGAUCCAGGAGUGGAUCUCCUUAAUAUCCCCUCCCCCUCUCUACUGUACCCUCCCUUCCACUCUCGAGGUGGGAGGGAGAAGAGAGUGUUAACACGGGAACUCCCCUUUAUUGUCUCAUUUCAAAUCACUAUUGCGGUGCACUUUGUUUGAAAGAAACCACAUUGUCCUGCGUACUGGGCUGGCUUGUCAGCAAACUUAUCUUGAAAUGGGGGAAGGAGAAAGGUGGGGGUCUGGGGAUGGCAGAGCUGGUUUGAAAGCUGCCAUGAAAGAAUCAUACUGGUCAUAGGAAUGACAUUUGGGCCAGAUAGGUGGUUUGGUGAGUGGUGGUCAUUUCUUCUUCACUGUGUAAAGCAAACAUGGAUUAAAAAUAAAGUAAGAAAAGUGAUUUUUUCCUAACCGCCCCCCCCAUAAGUAACUCACAUAUCAGUUCUUUAAAUAUUGUUUUGCGGGUUGGGUUAUUAAAUAUAGCUCUUGUUAGUCUAUACUAAGGGAAGCUGUGUCUUUUGACAUAUUGUGAUGUCUCAAAACACC